CCCGCCGGCGACAGCGACCUACGGCUCGGAGGACGGGCGGGGCCAGCUGGGCGUCCGCUGGGCCUGGUGUCUGCGCACGCGGCCGGGAACGGCGGGAAGGCCCGGGCAUCCGGGAGAGGGCCAGCGGCGGCGCGAUCCUGCUCAGGAGCCAUGCAGAAUCCCUUAGAGUCGCCCGGAAGCCACGACCCUGCCUCUGGUAGCAGUUCGAAUCCCUCCCGCCCGAGUGAACAGGAAGAGACUCCUUCCCUCCUCUGGGGGCUGGAUCCCGUGUUUCUAGCCUUUGCGAAACUCUACAUCAGAGAUAUCCUGGACCUGAAGGAGUCCCGGCAGGUGCCAGGUGUAUAUUUUUACAAUGGGCAUCCAGUAAGACAGGUGGAUAUCUUGGGAACUGUGAUUGGAGUGAAAGAAAGAAAUACUUUCUACAGUUACGGAGUGGAUGACAGCACGGGAGUGAUUAACUGUAUCUGCUGGAAGAAGAGCAAUCCUGAGUUCUUAUCAGCCCAAACAGCUACAGCUGCCCCAAGCACAGCAAGAGAGCUGAGCAUAACCUCACAGCUUAAGAAGUUGCAAGACACCAUUGAGCAGAGAACAAAGAUAGAUAUCGGAGACCUUCUGCACAUCCGAGGCUAUAUCCGCACGUACAGAGAAGCCCGCGAGGUCCAUGCCACCGUGUAUUAUAAAGUGGACGAUCCAGUGUGGAGCAUUCAGAUUGCAAGGAUGCUUGAGGUACCUGCUGUCUACCGGAAAGUUUAUGACCAGCCUUGCCAGAGCCCCACCCUAGAGAAAGCAGAGGCGCUGAGCACCCCGGGCACCCUGACCCUCGCUGACCUCACGUGUCUGCUGAGUGACAAAGCCAGAGAAUUCCUCGUGGAGAACAGAGUGCAGACCUUUUACCAGCAGGAGUUGGAAAUGGUGGAGCCUUUGCUGGCUCUGGCCAGUCAGCCUGUGACCCUGGAGACCAGCCCUGACCUGGUGGAAUUUAAGAAGGACACCACUUCCAAGGCUAUCCACAGAAUCUUUAAGAAUGCUCUACAGCUGCUGCAGGACAAGGGCCUGGUUUUCCAGAAAGAAGAUGGUUUGGGUAACCUCUACUAUGUAACCAGGGAGAACAAAGAACUGCUCAGGAAGGUCCACCGCAUCAUCCAAGAAGACUGCCGGAAGCCAAAUCACGUGGAGAGGGGCUGCCACUUCCUGCACAUCUUGGCCUGUGCUCGCCUGAGUGUCAGCCCGGGCCUGAGCGAAGCUGUGCUGCAGCAGGUGCUGGAGCUCCUGGAGGACCAGAGUGACAUCAUCAGCACCAGGGAGCACCACUACACGGCCUUCUGAGGAGGGGUGCACGGCCGCCUGGGGAAGAGGAGGCUCGGACUGUAGCCCUUGUGCUGGGCUUCUGUGUCUGGACACAGCCACCUCCUGAUAGACUGUACGGUGCGGUCACUAAGCAGUGCACAUGUCCUGGGAUGACUUUAUCUCAGCCACGAUACACAGAACCCUCCCCUGUUGACCCAGCUGGAUUGGCAUCGCUCAUGGAGCAGAAGGGGAAGGACAGAGUGUUGGCGGCUUAGUCAGUGGGUCCGUGGCUUGCUGAUCUGUUGUGGGAAAGACAUGCCUCUCCGAAGGCCCAUGUCCUACAGGAGCUAAGGCGCACAAAGCCCAAGCGCAGAGUUCAACAACUUCAGACUCCUGGGUACAUUCUUGAGGGCUUCUCUCGAGUCCAAGAAGCAGGGUUGGGGCACUCAGUUUCAAUGGCUCUGUGCCGCUCUCCUACAUAUCUGUGCCCGGAGGUGGUUUCUGAAUCCUUGGUGAGUACAGUUAGACCUCAACCAGAAGUGUGAGAAAAAUAGAUGUACAACAUGA